CUAUUGAGAGUUAAAUGGUCAGAUUUUAUUGAAAGCAAGAAUUACUAAUUAUUCUUGUCAUAAAGAGGGAGCAUCAAAUUUCAGUCCCUUUUUUUUUUUUGGCGUAUGAGAGAUUUCUUAUUGGGCGAUUUAUUAUUCACACUUUUCUAACCAAAUUUCUUAAUGUAUCUCUCCCAAUAUUAUAUCCCAAUACAGGGGAAAAGCCUGGUCUAAAAAGUUUCUACACUGAUGACAUUUGUAGUGGUGCUAGCAGGGAGACAAAAGUGGGAGGCUUGUCUGUAUCGUCAACCCAAGACUUUUGGCUUCCAACUCUCUCUCUCUCUCUCUCUCUCUCACACACACACACACAUAUUGGUAUCCCAUACCCUUAGAGGGAGAAGAAAAACUUGUGGAGUAGAGAUAAGGGUGUUCAAUCCAUGGCAGCAGCUUGGAGAAUCUCGUCGUUGCUCUCUCGUCCUCUCUCUCUUCCCCCAGCUUCUGCUUCUUCCCUGCUCUCUCUAGGAAGAAAUUCUAGUUUGGAAAGGAGAUCCCAUGGGUUCAGCACUGCUGCUGCAGCAACAGAGGAACCGAUCAUCCCACCUGUUCAAAUCAAUUACACCCAGCUUCUAAUCAACGGUCAAUUCGUGAAUUCAGCAUCCGGAAAAACAUUUCCAACCUUCGACCCUCGGACAUGCGAUGUGAUCGCUCAUGUCGCUGAAGGUGAUGCAGAAGAUAUCAACCGUGCCGUAUCUGCUGCUCGCAAGGCAUUCGAUGAGGGACCAUGGCCAAGAAUGAGCGCUUAUGAGAGGUCAAGGAUACUGCUGCGUUUUGCAGAUUUAGUUGAGAAACACAGUGAUGAGCUUGCAGCUCUUGAGACAUGGGAUAAUGGGAAGCCAUACGAACAGGCUGCCAAAGCCGAAUUACCAUUGUUCGUCCGUUUAUUCCACUAUUAUGCCGGUUGGGCAGAUAAGAUCCAUGGUCUCACAGUCCCAGCUGAUGGGCCAUACCAUGUGCAGACGUUGCAUGAACCAAUCGGAGUUGCUGGACAGAUUAUUCCGUGGAACUUUCCUCUUAUCAUGUUUGCUUGGAAAGUUGGUCCUGCACUUGCUUGUGGUAACACUAUUGUCCUCAAGACUGCUGAGCAAACCCCAUUAACUGCUCUUUAUGUGGCAAAGCUAUUUCAUGAGGCUGGCCUUCCUCCAGGCGUUCUAAACAUAGUUUCUGGCUUUGGUCCAACUGCUGGAGCAGCUCUUGCUAGUCACAUGGAUGUGGACAAGAUUGCUUUCACAGGAUCAACUGAAACAGGCCAGAUUGUUCUUGAAUUGGCUGCAAAAAGCAAUCUUAAACCAGUGACAUUAGAGCUUGGAGGGAAAUCUCCGUUCAUUGUAUGUGAGGAUGCUGACGUCGAUAAGGCAGUGGAGCUUGCCCACUUUGCUUUGUUCUUUAAUCAGGGACAAUGUUGCUGUGCGGGUUCUCGCACAUUUGUGCAUGAACGCGUAUACGAUGAGUUCCUGGAGAAAUCAAAAGCACGUGCUAUGAGGCGUAUUGUUGGUGAUCCCUUCAAGUCAGGUGUUGAGCAAGGUCCUCAGAUCGACUCGGAGCAAUUUGAGAAGGUUCUCAGGUACAUAAGAUCUGGUGUUGAAAGCAGUGCUACCCUUGAAUGUGGCGGUGGAAGACUAGGCUCCAAAGGCUACUACAUCCAGCCCACUGUUUUCUCAAAUGUGCAGGAUGACAUGUUGAUAGCACAAGAUGAAAUCUUUGGUCCCGUGCAGUCGAUCUUGAAAUUCAAUGACCUCGGUGACGUUAUCAAGAGGGCAAAUGCAACAAGAUACGGGCUAGCUGCUGGAGUUUUCACUAACAAUGUGGAUACUGCAAACACCUUGUCUCGCGCACUGAGGGCCGGGACUGUGUGGGUCAAUUGCUUCGAUGUCUUCGAUGCUGCAAUUCCCUUUGGCGGCUACAAGAUGAGCGGGGUUGGCAGGGAAAAGGGUAUCUACAGCCUUCACAACUACUUGCAGGUUAAGGCUGUCGUUACUCCUCUGAAGAAUCCGGCAUGGUUGUAAAUCUCUUUGUGCUACCUUGUUCUGGUCUUGAACAUGCUUGUUUGUGAAUAAGUUUGGGUUACAUCUACACGUUGGUCUACGCUUUAAAAGGGUAAGUAUUGAUAUCCAAAUGAGGACAUGCUACUUGUUUUUGCUUGACUGAUUCAAAUGUUAUGUAUGGAUUGAUAUCCCAAUAUUUUCUUUUUGGUAAA